UAACAGGACCAACUUGAGCUACCAGCACUCUCAGCCAGACUUGGUGGCCGACAAGAAAUUCACAAGUCCAAGUUUAGACAAUUCCUUCAGUGAAAAGAAGGAGGACGGCCUCAUGUACGCAGACCUUACAUACGACAACAAACCACGCAGUCGCAAACCCAUGGCCAUCAACGACACAUCCUCAGAGUACUCAGAUAUUCAGAUGCCUCAGGUGUAA